AUGGACGACGACCCGCUACGCCUCGUGCAGGACAUAGUCGCCGGCGACGCGACGCUUCUCGCAUAUGCCCAUGGCUCGCCUCGCUCCUUGUCACCGACGAAGAUGCUUCCGGAAGCUUACAUAUCGGCUGCGUGCUCGGAUCUUAUGGACGAAAUGGAUGGCGUCGAAUCCGAGCUCUCGCGCUGCACCGCCAGCGCGCACGGUAGUGUGCGCUCGCCGAGUGCCAUGGACUCGACCACUGCUCGCUUUGACGCCAUGCUGGCAAAUUUGGAGCGCGAGUCUCGAUGUGUGUCUGAGAAAAGCAGCGACACCAACCGUCCAAGGGGACUCGCCAGCGUCACCCAUGACGGCACCUCCUUGUCGCUUGGACGACGCCCAUGUUAUACACCGGCGCGUGUCCAGCCCCCAUCUGCGUCUUCGUCAUUCGAGUCGUCAAGCAGGCCAAGCUUAGAGUGGGCUUACGUACGCAAGGCGGAUGCCGAAACCGCGGAGCUCGUUGACACGACCAAGAAGCAACUCUCGCACGACAAUCAAGCGCUACUGGCGCGCAUCCGACAGGACCUCUUAAGUCAGCGACAGCGAGAGCUCAACGACAUUCUUCUGCGCAACGAGCAUCAAAUGGAGCUCGAGAAGCAAAGCCUCGUGGACAAGCUCUGUGUUGAGUCCAAACUGCGGCGAGCAGCGCUUCAGGCGGAGCUUGACGAAGAGCGCACACGCGUCAUCCACGCCAUCGAAGCUGCGCAUCACACAGAAGAGGCCAAGGUGGAAGACGAGGCGCGAGCCGCCCUGGCGCGCGAACUCCAAGCUGAGCGCGAAAUUUCUGCGAGCAAACUACUUGCAUCUCGUGAAGCAUCGCUGGCAAAGGUGCGCGCCGAGACCCUUGAACGGCAUGACAGAGUGAUGCGGGAAGAGCUCGAUAAGCUCGAGGACGCCCUUUCCAUGGGAUCAAAGCUUCGUUUGGAUCAACUGCAGCAGCAGCUUACCCGUCAAGCGCAAGCCAAGCUCUGCGACGUCGAGGCCAGAGCCAAGGUCGCUCUCGAGAAAGAAUUAGAGACUUUGUCCAGCGGUCACGCGACACAACUCACGACUAAAGUACACGCGAUGCAAUCCCACCUUGCGGAGCAGCACCGCAUCGAAGUUGCGCGCCUACAACACAAGCUUUCCAUCGACGAGACGCGGGUUCUGAACGACGUCACCUUGCAGAUGCACGACAUACACACAACCAACCUACGGGACCUUGAAGCGCGUCACAGAGACGAGAGUGCCAGGCGGUGCCAGGAGCUCCAGGUUGCAUACGAAAAGGAAUUUGCGGCGCGCUUGGCGACUGUGACUGCGUCACUCGAGGCCGACCUCGCACAGCGCACGGAGGUGUACGUGCGCGCACAACGUGCCGAAGUGGCGACAGCUCUCGAGAGUGCGACGGCGCGCUUCCACCAGCGGCUCGACCGACUCCUGCGCGAGUUGCGCUUGGUUGCGGGCAAAGUCCCACCAUCCACUAGGUUACAUACGGUGCAAACACUUGCCGACGUUGCCACGUGGGUCGACGCGGUCGCGUCCGAGGUCGCUGACGUGGCAGGCCAGCAGGCAGGCCUCCUGGACGCGCUUGAGAAGCUCGCCAAGCAGCUCGUCGCCGCGCGCCGCGAGAAAUCUGACCUUGAAGCCGAGGUCCAACGUGCGAUAAAGCAACUCGACGAGAAGGACCGCGCGUGCCAGCAGCUGUACCUCGCCAACGAGAGUCUACUCCAGCGCCUGCGGGAACCAACAGUCAAGCCGUAA